AUGCCUCCACGAAUACCAGGCGUACAGCGCCUAGGUACCUUCUCACUAUGCCUGCGGCCGGCUGUGAAACCGCCCACAUCCUCCCUCCUCCCCGUCACCCAAACCGCUUCCCUAUCGCAAAAGGAGAAGAAACGCCUAGCAAAGCAGGACCCCUACCGAUGGGCGCAGAUGCAGCAGCGCAAAGCCGCGCAUCUGAAGAUACGCGAGAGGAUAGACACCGCUAGUGCCACCCAGCGCGGCGAUCCCGUGCACGGCAUCACCACAGCCUUCAUCGAGUCCUUCGAUUUCGCCGGCCAGGCGCCGCUGUCCAAACCCGCCGUCGACGACGACGGAAACCCCGUGGGCGACAUAUAUGAGCUGCCCACCUCGCCCCACAUCCUCAACUACCUCGUCCACGAAAAGGAGCUCGAGUCCGCCGUCGAGAACGCCUACACCCUGACGCGCCCCGUGCCGUCGGUGGUCGCUCCCCCCGGCUCGGAGGCGCUGCAUAAGGCGAUCGAGAACCACGAACAGCUUCAUGCCAAGGCCAUCGAGGCGCUGCGGCGUAUCACCCACAUGGACAAUGGCUCUGCGAAGGACCGGUUGCACGCCAACAUCCGACGAUGCGUCGAGACCUUUGGACGACACGAGACCGACAACAUUCUUCGGCCUAAGGCACUUUCUCGAGGACAGGAGAGGGAAGAGCGGACGGUCCGAGCUGGUCCGGACACGGGGAGCAGCGAGGUGCAGAUCGCGAUCCUGACGGCCAAGAUCCGCGCUCUGGCCCACACGUUGGAGAGGGGGAGAGGCUACAAGGACAAGGUGGGCAAGCGGAAUCUGAGGUUGAUGCUUCACAGACGGCAGAAGCUGUUGCAGUAUAUGGACAGGAAGGAAAGGGGAAGCGAUAGGUGGACGCACAUGAUCGAGACUCUCGGCUUGAGCCCCGCAACCUGGAAGGGACAAAUCACCACGUAA